GUAAUAACAAUUUUUUACGAUAUGCUUGACCUUUGUUCGAGGGCAGUUAUUAUUUCCAUUUUUUAAAAGCUAUAGUUUCAUUUGUUUAUUGAUCAUUAUGACGAAAUCGAUACCAUUUUGUCUAGUCAAGUUGUAGUUGGCUCUACAUGAAAAGUUAAACAGAAUUCCUGUGGCAUUUUCUUCAUAUAAAAAAACUCUGACAAUAAAUCAACCAAAAGAAUGAGCUCUCUACUACGAUUUCACGUGGCGGAUUACAUCGUGUUCGGGCUUACAUUGAUAUUGUCUAUGGCCACAGGCAUUUAUCACGCGGUGGUGUCAAAACCAGCGACGACUAAAGAGUAUUUGCUGGCAAAUAGAAAAAUGAUGAGUUUACCAGUUGCAUUGUCCCUGCUGGCCUCUUUCAUGUCUGGCAUUACAAUACUGGGAGUACCCUCAGAGAUAUACACGUUUGGCACCCAAUAUUGGCUGGUAGUCACCUCUUACGUCAUUUUAUUUCCAGCAGUUGCUUUGAUCUUUGUACCAACAUUCUAUGAGCUUGGCCUAACAAGUUCUUAUGAGUACUUGGAGAGGAGAUUUUCGUUUGGUGUAAGACUGAUUGGGACAACGUUCUUUAUAUUUUAUACGUUAUUUUAUAUGGCCAUCGUCACAUAUGGUCCGUCCUUGGCACUCGAGUCAGUAACUGGUCUUCCGGUAUGGGUGUCUAUUUUAUCCAUUGGAAUCGUGUGUACAUUCUAUACAACCAUUGGAGGCAUCAGGGCAGUAAUUUGGAACGAUGUGUUUCAAGCUAUCGUAAUGCUUGCAGGUCUGGUGGGGGUCGCGGUUGUUGGCACAAUGAAAGUUGGCAGUGUAUCGCGUGUUUGGUCAGUGCUCCGAGAAAACAAUCGAACUAGUGUGAGCUUUAGCUUUGAUCCUACUGAACGAACAACGUUUUGGGCAAUGUUCAUUGGUGGCGCGUUUGCAAUUCUUCCUUUAUGGUCGGUCAAUCAAACUGCAGUUCAAAGAUUUUUAUCUUCUAAAUCUCUGAAAGAUGCUCAAAGAUCAGUGUGGAUAUCUUUGCCGAUGAGUUUCUUUGCUGUAUCUUUAUGCUCAAUAUGUGGGACUGUGAUAUUUGCAUACUAUGCCGGAUGUGACCCUAAACUGAGAAAGGCGAUUACAAGUUCAGAUCAGAUUCUACCGUAUUUUGUUUUGGAUGUGCUUGGACAUUUGCACGGUCUCCCCGGAAUCUUUGUUGCCUGCUUAUUCUGUGGUACUCUCAGUACCCUGUCUUCUGGUUUGAAUUCAUUGGCAGCAGUUGCUUUGGAAGAUUUUGUGAAACCAUUCGUUCGAUUGCUCGGUGUUGGCAUUUCAGAAGAAAAAUUGACGUUAUUGUCGAAGCUUGUUGCCGCAACUCUUGGCUUGGUUACGAUUGGCCUGUCGUUUUUAGCUGGCUCAUUUGGAACAAUACUACAGUCGUUUUACCAAAUUUCUGGUGUCGCUGGAGGUCCCGUUGUUGCAAUUUAUACAAUGGGCAUGUUUACAAAGUUUGCCAACAGUAAGGGAGCAUAUUUUGGUGUUGCAAGUGGCCUUGCUUUCGGAUUGUUUGUGUCUAUUGGCGCCAAGAUACAUAAACCGCCGAUUUCUGUUCCCAAAGUCUCGUUGGAUCAAUGUUCUGGUGGAAACUUUACAUUGCAGGGGGCCAAUGCUACAAGUCCCAAAGUUUAUGAUGGUUUAGAUAUCUACAAAAUGUCUUCAUUUUGGUACAGUUUCUACUGCUUUUUUAUCACCUUCUUGGUUGGACUGCUGGUUAGCUAUAUUUUAAAAGAUGAAGGUGAGACCGUUAAUCCAAAUCUGUUGUUCAAAUGGAGGCGUUUGUGUCCUUCUUCAAAAUGUUCGUCAAUUCACACGAAAGAAGAAAAUAGUGAAAAGAUUGCUCUUCACAAUCAAGAUUGUGGAAAAGAAAAGAGCGUUGAAAAAGAUAAGACCAAGCACGAUUCUUUCGUGUUAGUGAACUCCAUUUCCGAAAUGUCAACUAGUUUAUAGAUGUAGAAGUUUGGCAAACAUUGUGAUACACUUUGCCAUAUACGACAUUUUUAUACCUGACGGUAAAAUGGGCUUACACAAUUAAUGUAAUUGGUUUUUCAAAACAUUGAUUUCUACGAUGUAUUUUGGGUUUGUGAUGAUGAAUAAAACAGCUUACUCCAAGA